AUGACGUCAAUAAAUACCGAAGAGUCUUCUUCGGUAGAUAUAGUACAUCUUUAUGACACCAUUUCGAACCAUCUCACAAACUCCGACAUCGAAUUGGCGGGUUAUCCCAAUAUCGAGAAACAUAGUGUACUGUGGACCUUAACACUGACGAAGCUGUGCUCCACGAUAGAGUUCAUACAGGAACAGCAAUCUCAGGAUAAGAAUCUCAACAAUGAAGCAGAAUACCAUAUACUACAAUUAAUGCAGAACUUAAAGCCGUACACGAAAAGUUUAAACCUAGAGUUGGUCUUGCAGCCAAUUCCUGACUUGGGAGACGAACUACAAACUAAUUUCAACUACAUCAUCAGAAUAGUCACCAAACUGAUCAAACAAAGGCAAUAUGAGUCUGCAGCAAGCUCUUUACUGGAUUUAUUGCUGAGGAAGUUAUCCUGGAAUUCCAAGUUAGAUUAUCUAACUAUCAAAACUAUGGAUUCCCUAUGCUACGUGAAACAGUACGAUCAAGUGGUUCACCUUUGUGAAAAGUACAAGCUCACAGAUUUUACAGAAAUCUCCUCCAAUUAUUUGAAGCAGGAACUUAUUACAAACUGGUACUAUAAAAUUUGUGUUGCUCAUAUGAACUUACACAAGUUUCAACUUGCCAAUUCUUAUCUUAGGACAUUGGUAUCCUUAGCCAUUCCGAUUGAGUCUAAUUUAUUGAAAAACAGAAUCAGAACUCUCGUUAUUGUCAACUCAUUGAUAUUAAGCCCCAACAAACCUUUAAAGUACUCAUUUUUCAAAAAAUUCAAAGUUCACUUUAAGCAGCUCAAUACUUUGAGUUCUAUCAUGACAGCGUAUCGAAAUCUGGAUGUGCAAAGAUUGAUCCUGACAUUGAGCAAAAAAAAUUUAAUACUGAGACUCAACCCACAAUUGAAAUUUGAGAUAUAUUUUCUUCUUAUUGAGAAGCUAAGGUUAGUCAAAUUGUUGACCAGCUUGAAACUUCUUGUAAGAAUUCAAAUAGACACUUUGAAGGCUACCUUCGAUGACCUAAUUUCCUUUGAUAUAGAUGGCACAAAUCUUGAGAUUGCACCUUUUGCUGAGUUUAUUGAUUCAGCAAUCCAAAGAGAUCUCCUGGAGGGCUGGAAGCUACAAGAUGAUUACCUGGUAAGAGUUCCAAAGUUCUCUUCGUCGAUAGAAAAAUCCCACCAGCUUCAAAACGAGCUGCAAGAUCUCAACUUUAAAUUGCUGGAUAACACUAGAAGACUGUCUGAACUAUACAAAUAUACAGAAGAAAGGUAUUUAAAUAACGAAUAA